CGCUCGCCUGACGUCAGAGCCUCGCGUCUCGUGGACCGACCGUCUGGGAUGAGUUUAGUUUUGAAAACAAGAAGCCGGCCUUCGUUCGCUCGUCGCAAUCGUGUUUUGACUUGAUCUAAAAUUGAUAAUAACUAUUGCGCGAGUGCAGUUUCCCAGAUUGAGCGUACAGAAGUUAGUGCUUUUGGGGUGUUUGUUCCGUGCGUAAAAAAUGGAUGCCCUGCGAGAGCAAGUGAUGAUCAACCAAUUCAUGCUGGCAGCGGGCUGCGCUAGAGAACAAGCCAAACAAUUAUUACAGGCUGCUCAUUGGCAAUUUGAGACUGCUCUCAGUAUAUUUUUCCAAGAGGCAGCGAUACCUUCUUGCGCACAGGGGCCGGGUACGCACUUUGGACAGAUCACCCCGUGCAAUACCCCAGCUACGCCUCCAAAUUUUCCUGACGCACUGUUAGCCUUCUCCAAAAUGUCAGCAGGAGAAAAAACCCCCUCAGGAAUGUCCCCAAGUCAAAAUGGACACAUGUCCCAGCAGCAGCAACAGCAGCAAGCGGCACAGCAUCACGCCGGCCGGUGUAGUGUUUCCGGCAGCACACAACAGCAGACUCAAACUCAAAAACAGUUCGGCCUCGGCGAGCCACAGAGAUAAAGAAUGCUGCACUUUGCCUUUGUACUAUGCGAUUCAUCGAUCGCGACAAGAUUAUUGCGAUGACGCGUCCAACUAGAAACGAACGAAGCAUCGAUGGACUGUAAAUGCUGACAAUAUUCGAAGGAUGAUAACAACGUUUCUGUUGUCGUUCCAAUAGGGGGAAAAAAGAAAGACAAAAAACCAAGGCAGGACGACAAUUAGAACGAGUUGAUGGAUCUCAUUUGCUUCCUUGGAUGUUUGCGUGUAUCCUCUUGAACCGCAAACGAAUUGUGCCCCUAGAUAUAUUUAUAUUUAAUGUCCUCGUCGCGAUAAGUUUCGACGACGAAGAUGUUUCGAGUGCCCUAGGGCUGUAGUUCCUUAAACAAUGAAAGACAGUGGUAUCGUUAACAAUAAAAUAGUACGACGCGUCCCAAACACUUUUCUACCAAUUACAAAUCACUGCUUCAGCAAUUAUUCGUUGCUCCAUCGAAAAUUUGCCGUGUUUUUGUUUUUUACAAUUAACCUCAUUCACGAUGGCUAUCCCGACGAUGAUGAUGAUAAUGAUGAUGGUGAUAAUGAGAAAAAGUGCUGUUGUUUUUCUGGUUCGCUAAGCUACGAAUUUCAAGGUCGGAGAGGCUCUUCGAGGACUUGGUCGAACCCACCGCUUACAUUUUAUCGACUGAACCUCGACAAAGUUAGGUAGGGAAGCACAGUUCCUUAUCCACGCACAAGGCGAGAUUAGGCUGUGUUUGAAAGAAAAGAAAAACGAUUCGGAAGAAGACCGGAAGAAUUAAGAGCGAAUUUCGCUGAAUAGUGUCAUAAUCUCAAUGAUUAUUACGUGUGCGUAAUGUAUUUCAAGUGACUGCACAUUUUACGAAUCGACAUUCAUGCGACGAAGGUCCGGAUCUCUUCUAGAAGUUCUAUCAUCGACUGGACGGACUUUCUUCUUAUUUUUCGUCCUAUCGAUCUCGUAUUAAGCUCGUAGUUACACGUUCAUUCAUGCGACAUUUUCGGACAAUAAUCUGUGUUUCUUCUUGGAAACUAUUAUUUCUGUACACUACUAGCGUAGCGAUUUAAAAAAAAUUGGAAAUGGAAGUAAGGCCUAGCUGCUCGGACAAAGUAAUCUUGAAGCGAUGAACCGUGGAUUUUGAGAAUUGAGUUGAACAAAGAAUAUAGAAUCUCUGUUUGAGUGAUUGAUUGGGCAAUCACAUAACAUAAACUUUUCGCCCCCCCAAAAAGCAUGAUGUACCUCUAAUGUAUGUACAUAAUAUAGUAAGUAUUGUCGAUUCUUUUUCAAUGAGAGUUUAUGGUUCAGCUACGAUUUUUCACGUACCUCUUGCAAUUUGAAGAAUUGGAGGGAAUUAUUUUGUCGUUCACUCUGGCGGAGAGUGUUGAGAGUGGGUAGUGACUUUUGAGCGUUUUCUUAUUCCUCUAUUGGACAAGUGCGGUCUCACGGAAGAAUCAUGUGCUUCAUUUUAGAGAGAAAGUGUACAGAUCCGAAAUUAUUUACGAUCGUCGAACGAUCACGGAUGAAUUAACUAGCGUUUUCCCUUUGUGAUACGCUUUUUAAAAGU